CCAGCACGAGCGCGUCUGGGCGUUACGCAACUGACGCGAUCGCGGACGAUUCUUUGUUUACAACAGUAUCCUUUGUGCAUCGUUUUACGAGUGAUGGAAUAUCUAAAUUUAUAAGUGAAAUUAAAAAAAAUGGCAAGCGAAAAUUCAGAUUCCCAAGAAACGAACUCGACAUCGCUCGUUGAGGAUUCCCUAAAUAUUUCCUUUAAGAAUUUAGGAUAUACGGUGCGAAAUGGACUCCUGAGUCGAGCUCGCAAAACUAUAUUAGACGGUCUGUCUGGAUCAUUCAAUGCUGGUGAGCUCACAGUUAUAAUGGGACACUCCGGAGCGGGAAAGAGCACACUCUUAGACAUACUUGCAGGCUAUACGAAGCCCACAAGUGGGAGCAUAUACGAAAACGGUCGUAUACGAAACGAGAGAAUGUUUCGGCGGAAAUCCUGCUACAUAUUUCAAGAUGAUAAACUUAUUGAAACGCUCACUAUUAAGGAAUCACUUACGAUAGCAGCGGAACUGAAACUUGGAAAUCAUAUCAGUGCGAGUCAAAAACGACAACGCGUAGAACAAAUAAUAAUGUCUCUUGGGCUGUACGCAGUGGAGAAUACUAAAGCCGGGAACCUAUCAGGUGGACAAAAAAAAAGACUAACAAUAGGUCUGGAACUAGUCAGCGAUCCGCCCGUUAUGUUCCUCGAUGAACCAACAAGUGGACUAGAUAUUUCGGUAGCAAAAAAAUUAGUCAAUUUACUUCACCUGUUAGCACGGCAAGGACGAACGAUGGUGAUAACUAUGCACCAACCUUCACUCAGUCUACUUCAAAUGGUGGACAGGCUAUACGCAGUCGUUGCAGGAAAGUGUGCUUAUAUGGGCUCCGUGCCUCUGCUACUGCCAUAUUUAAACCAAUUGAACCUACCAGACUUAAGGUGCUUGUCAUAUCAUGACCCUGUUGAAUAUUUAAUAGAAAUCAGUGGGACCUAUGAAGAAAAAUUAGUAGAAAAGUCUAAAAAUGGAAGUAACAAUUGUUGGGUUACUGAAGCGACUGAUAGUCCAAUUCUAGAAAGACCGAAACUACUUAGAAUUACUUCAACAAAUGAGGAAAUUAGUUUAACACUAUUAACAGCUCCCAAAGAGAAUUCGACAAAUAAAAUUAUUUUGGCUCUGAAAAGCACAUACUCUACCUCGUUUUGGAAACAAUUCAUCACAUUGACAAGAAGAUCUGUAUUAAGUACGUGGCGAGAACCUUCAUUUACGUUAACAUUCAUAAGCAUUCACGGAUUCAUGGCAUUGUUUAUUGGCAUCCUAUUCAAGAAUGUUGGCGAAGACGUCGAAAAAGUCAGAGAUAAUUACAACUUUCUGUACUUCAGUCUGAUGUUCCUUAUGUUCAACGCAUUUAGUGCCGUCUCAAUCAGAUUUCCGGAACAAAUCCCCGUUACCCGAAGAGAACAUUUCAACCGUUGGUAUACUACAGGCGCUUUCUACGCGUCAACUUUACUCUCUACGCUACCUAUACAGACCGUGUGCACCCUUCUAUACUCGAUUCUCGUAUAUUGGAUGACAGGACAAUCACCGAAUUUAAUUCGAUUUACAAUAUUCAUUUUCACUUUGCUGUUAGUCUCAUACGUAUCACUAUGUAUGGGUCUCCUUAAUGGAUCAAUAUUUAACGUAAAGAAUGGAGUUAUAUUUGGUCCGCUAAUGAUUAUGCCGUUCACUAUAUUCUCCGGGUUCUUCUUGCGUUACCGCGAUGCGCCGUAUUUCUUCCGCUGGAUGUUUCAAAUAUCAUUCUUGAAACACGGACUCGUUGGACUCGUGCUCUCCGUCUUCGGUAUGGGCCGGUCUAACUUCAGCUGCCCAAAAAUAUUCUGUUACUACACUUACCCUACGCAGUUAUUAAUAGACAACCACAUGGACAAAGAAGAAUUUACAUUAGCGAUUGGAGCACUUUUCGCUAUAAGUUUCGCAUUGAUUGCGACUUCUUUCGUGAUCCUCAAAAUUAGACUGAAGAGUAAAUGGUGAUGUGAUAAAUGAACAAAUUAAUUAAGUUUUAGCAAAAAUGCUUUACAGGGUAAAGUUUUUUUUUAAAGGACGUUUUUGUAAGUCAACUGAAUAACGCCAGUUAAUAAAGAUACUCAAUAGUACUAUUGUAUACCAAAUAAUGUUACAAGAUCUUAUUUUUCAUCACAUAUUUAGGUUUAUAUAAUAAUAAAACAUCAUCAAUAUCACUCAGAUUAUAGAUUACUGAUAUAUUUUGAUAAUUAUAAUGAAAAUUGAGGAUUACUCCCGUCCGCGCGUAGGAGGAAUAGCACCUGGACUACCAACGAAUAGGAAGAGAGAAAAAAAAGAAGAUUACUUCAAUUUUUGUUUUGAUAUUGAAACCGCUACGUAUGGAUAAUUAGUAGCAGUGUUUAUACAUACUUAGCGUAUUUUAUAUUAAUUUGUCUUUACAGCAGAUUUGACAUAGUUUGGUGAAUCAUUCUGGAUUUUUAAGUCAUAUCGUAUCAUAUAAAUUCAUUACUACAUUAGUCAAGUGCCGUAAGAGUUUAAAAAUUAAAACAUUUGAACUCCGAUAGAUUUUUGUAAAUGAUAAUAGAAUUAUUGCAGAAGAUGAAAAUUACAUUUGUUGGUUAUUCAUUGACUUUUUGUUUUAGAUAGUUGGCUGUUUGUUUUUGACAUAGAGUAUAAGUGUGGUAAAUGAAUUGUAAUAUAAUUAUUAUGUUUAGAUAAAUUUUUAGAGAGAUAUUUGCGGGUCAGGGUUUAUAGAAAUGUCGCUGGAGCUUCGUUAAACUUUACUUAUUUUAUUAUAGUAUAAUAAACUACAAACCCAAAGCAUUACAGCAAAAUUGAUCUAUAACUACUUUGAAUCAAAUUCGAAAAAUAAAGAUGUUGUCGUGGCCUGGAGGUUAAGGCGCCCGGCGCAUUCGUAUCGAUCGUCUGGUGGUGACGGUGUUCGUAUCUCGCAAGCAGUUAGAAAAAUUUCAAAUGAAAUAAAUACUUGACAUAUAUAUUGUUUUAUAGCUUAGACGGGUGGA